AUGGCUGGAGGCCAGGAGAGGACAGCCUGUCUGCCACUGGGCUUCCACUCAGUGAGCCACUGUAUGCUCAGGUACCACUUUAGAGAUAGCAAAAGGAACAGAAGACAGAAUGAGUUCUGGAAGAUGAGAAACUCAGCUUCACACCAAAACACGCUGCAGGACGCCGAUGCAGGGAGGGGGGCACGGAACCCGACUCUCGCUCUUCUUUCUGGGCACGGGCCGGGCUGCGGGGGGCUCUGCCCGCCUGGGCGGGAAGGCGGGAAAGGGGAGAUCGGGAAAUCAGCGGGAGAUCGGGACAAGCGGGACAUCGCGAAAUCGGAAAGCCGCGACCGCGCGGGCGGCGCCGCUCCCCGCCCCGGGCCGGCCCCCAGGAAGCCGGCGGCGGAGCGGAGCGGAGCGGAGCGGCGGCCGGGCAGGCAGGGCCGGGGCAGGCAGGGGCGCGGCGGGCGAGGGGCAGCGGCGGGGCCCGCGCUGGGGGCGGCCGGGGCGGCGGAGGAGGGGGCCGGCGGGGGCGGGCGCUCCCCGCCCGCGGGGCCGGGCGGCGGCGGCUCCCCCCGCGGCCCGAGCCCCCGCCGCGCCCUGCCCGUGUCCCCCCUCCGCGUGCGGGGCUUCUGGCCGCUGCUGACCGCGCUCUGCACCGCGCUCCUCUGCCUCUACCAGGCGUUGCGCGGCAGCGCGGCCGGCGAGGGCGCGGGGGGCCCGGAGGACGCGGCGGCGGAGGCGGCGGCGGGGUCCGGGCUGCCGCUGCUGAAGGGCUCGGCGCUGCUGCUGCUCGGCUGCCUGCUGGCCCGCUGCUACGGCGCGGCGGGCGGCGGCCCCGGGCGCGGCGGGGCGCGGGGCGCGGCGGGGGCGCGGCGCGGAGCCCUGGAGCGGUUCCACGCGCGGCAGCUGCGGGUGUCGCCGCACGUGCUGGGGCACAGCAAGGCGCACGUGGGCCGGGUGGUGGCCGAGCUGGUGCGCGCCGCCAAGGCGCAGGGGCUGCAGCCCGGCCCGCUGGCCCUCAGCCUGCGCGGGGACUUCGUGCGCAUCGGCAGCGCCUACGAGCAGCACAAGGUGCGCAGCCCCGACUGCUUCGACAUCCUGGUGCCCCUGCGGCUGCCGCCGCACCUAGAGCCGCAGCCGCGCUGCGCUGACGGGCUGGGGCCGUGCGGCGCCUUCGUCUGCGGCCUGCGGGCGAGGGACGGCUGGACACGACGCUGCCGGCCCUUCGCCGAGGGCUUCUGCGUGGAGCUGCAGGGCCGCAGCCACCUCUCCUCGGGGCUGGUGCUGCGCUGGUUCCAGGGCCAUCUGCAGCGGUGCCUGGGCGCCGUGCGCUAUCGGCUGCAGGAGCGGUGCCGCGUCAGCCUCUCGGCGUGCCCCGGGCAGCCGCCCACGCUGCACAUCCUGCCCUGCUCCGACUACGUGUGCUGCCACAUCUCCAUGGCCGUGCGCCUCAUCCCGGCCAUCCCUCUCGGCGACGCGCUCUACCUCACGGCCCUGCCGCCCGAGGGCCCCCACGGCUCCCCGGCCCCCGAGGCGCUCUGGGGCCUCAACGCCUCGCGGCAGGAGCAGCGGCUGCUGGGCUGGCUGAAGGAGCAGGCCCCGGCCGCCUCCUGCCACCUCAAGUGCCUGCAGAUCCUCAAGGGCCUGCGGGACCUCCGCGGGCACGGCCUGGAGGAGCCCUUCUGCUCCCAGUGGGGCCGGGUGCUCUCCUCCUACGUACUGAAGACGGCCCUCUUCUCCCUGCUGCUGCAGGGGCCCUUGGAGGCCUGGGAUGAGCAGUUCCUGGUGGAGCGGCUGGAGGACCUGGUGCUGUACCUCAGGGACUGCCUGCGCAAGCAGGUGCUGAUGGAUUUCUUCCUGGGCAACACCAGCCUCCCCGAGGCCGUGGCGCUGCCUCGGUUCCUCAAGGAAGCCGCCCCUGUGAACUUGCUGUCUGCUUUUGACGGGCCCACGCUGGACCUCGUGGCCUUCCAGCUGAUCAGCACGUGGGUGCAGGCCCCGCACAUCAUCAGGAUGUACAGCAGCCCCCGGUACUGGCGCCCGGUGCCCGCCCCGUGCCGCCACAGUGCUGAGACCAAGCGGGAGCUGGCAGCGGGAGAGUGAGCUGGGAGGGCUGCUGGCA